AUGGGAAACAGACACUCAAAAUCUUCCGAUUCGCAUGAAGCAAGACUCGCAGAGGAUGGAAAUGAGAAAACCGGUGUGAAUAACUUCACCGGUGUCUUCUACAAAAUAAAAUCGUCUGGGAACGUCUCAAUCAAUGCGAACGGAUCCACGAUGUCUUCAUCAAAGGAACCGCAAGCGUCGCCAUGGAGUAGCACACAAAGGGACGACAACAACGGACAUCAUGCCAUCGACUACGGACAGAUCGAAAGACCAUUUCACGACGAUAUCCAACGAAGAGAGCCGUCAUUCGUCGAUGACCGGUCUCAACAGUGUCCCAUAGGAUACUCACAUUCUACUCGUUACCCAGCCAUGAAUCGAACAAUUUAG